AUUCCAGGUAGCGCCACUUAACCCGGUCCAUCAGCUUCCACUAUAUAUUCUAAGAUAAGCAUUAACAAAGACUGGACGCGAUAAACAUGGAAUCAAAGUUUGGAUCAUUAACACUGCCCGAAUUAAGGGCAGAAUUAAAAAAACGGGGUGCACGAACAGUUGGACGUAAAAAUGAACUUGUUGAAAGGCUUAUAUCAUACGAAAGAAAUCAGAACUUUGGUAAAAUAGAGACUUUGGAACCGGAAUAUCACAUGAAGUUACCAGAUGCCACUACAUACUCUGAUGUAAACUCGGACUCUAAAUUUCCCAAAACAGAUCUCGGAAAGGUGCAAUCGUAUCUGGCCCCGCUUGAUAAGAAUCUGGAUGAACAUGUGCAGAGGUUGUAUAAUGAACAGUUUUUAAGGUACUUCCGGAUGUCACGCAGAGAAACAUGUGUUUUCAUUAAAUCAAGCUGUCGCGCAGAAAUGAAGAAAGGUGUGUCCUACACAGUUGAUAUUGAGCUCGGCUUAGAUGGGUCUAUUACAGAGGCACAGUGUGAAUGUGCUGCAGGAAUGGGACCACAAGCUCACUGCAAACAUGUUAACACGGUGCUAUAUGGUGCAGUUAUGUUUUGCAAGAAAAUGACAGUAAAGACGGAAGAAUCGUGCACUCAAAAAUUGCAGAGUUUUCACAAAUGCAAAAAAUUCAUUGGAAGCCCCAUAAAAGCAAAUGCCUUAGAUAUGCCUGGAGCUGCCGAGUUGACAAACAUUGACUUUGAUCCCCGACCAGAAGAAUUUAGAAAUGCUGCCAACUAUCAAGAUCAUUUUAGAAAUGUUUGCUUAAACUUUCCAGGUAUUUCGGAAAUGCCAAUAUUUCAAACAUUUGAACCUGCAAAUACUAAGGCUGUAGCAUUGGAUCACGACUACUUGAAACUUACUCCAGAAGAAAAUUUUCUUGAAAGAAUUUUGGUAACGAAAAUAAGCUCAGCCGUAGUCGUUGAUAUUGAGAAAAAAACAUUAGGUCAAAGUACUAAUAAAUUGUGGAUAGAGGAGCGAUCCAAGCGAAUUCCAUCGUCAAUGUUCGGAAAAAUUUGUAAAUCCACACAAAGGACCGACAAACAUGAGCUCGCAAGGUCACUGAUUGAAACCAGGGAAAUUAAAGCGGCUCCAUUGGAACAUGGGAGGAAACAUGAAUCGGUCGCUGUAACGAAAUUCAUGGAAGACACCGGCAAGACUGUACAUAGCUGUGGGUUAGUCGUCGCAGAACAGUACCCAUUCCUAGCAGCGUCACCAGAUGGAGUUAUUGAUAAAACUCAUCUUGUUGAAGUUAAAUGCCCUUAUACAGCAAGAGACAAACCCAUAUCUCCUGUCACGGUUCCUUAUUUAAACUGUGAUGACAAAUUCAGCCCUCUGGCCUAA